UCUGAGAUUACACAAACAAAUCAUUGAUGUAUGCCAGUGAAUCUGCAGGAAAAGCAAACUUACUUGUGGCCAAAAAGUGCAAAAGGCCAGCAGCCAGGGAUCCCCCAGAUCCAUGUAGAAGAGCCUCUCUGGCACAAGGUGUGUUUUGAACGUCCAGAAUACCCAGCACCUUGAAACCCUAAAUGGCAUACGGUACAUGAAACACAUUAUGGGAGAUGAAACUACACAGAGAAUAAGCAGAGAAUUACUGAGAUACAAUUAAUCACGGUUUUUAUCUUGUAUCAAGCAUCACAUGAUAUUACAUUCAUACUGUUAGCUAGCAGACACGAAAGAGUGGUAACUAGCUAGUUCAACAUUUAAUGAAGAAACACAUAAUCAGCUAUAGCACACUACCGUUAGCUAGCUACCUACUUAAGCAAACUAGACAACUGCUGUAGCGACAUCACCACCAAUAAUAUUCUUGACCUUCAACAACUGAGUUGCUGCUAGCUAAGUUAGCAUUGUCACAGACAAUGUUUUCUGAAUGACAUUGUCUAGGACACUUACCUUAUUUUUGUCACUCUCCUCUUCACCGGCCAUUAUGGCAUUAGAUUGACCCUGUUAUGGGGAAUUUACCUUCAGCAUCGCCUGUACUUACUUUCGUAAUCACACUAUACACUGAGCAUGCGUACUAGCAGGUUCGUUAGAAAUUAACCCACGAGUUCAUAAAAGGAAACAGUGGUCAAAAGCUUUUGUGUUCCGGGAAGAUUUUCUCCAAGUAUUGCUGACACAGAAUUAUUUAUUGAAAAAUAAGCUAUGCUUUCAAAAAUGUAUUUGACAUAUUGACAGUUUUUUUUUAUAUGUCAUAAUUCUUUCAAACUGUUAUAGCAUGUUUUACCAAAAUCUUGAGCAGUAUCCAACAGUGGGCUAUUCACAGAAUAACUAAAAUGACUACCCCAGUUGUACCAAUGAACAAGUGUGUGAUUAAUAGGGUUAAUCCUGUCAAUGAAAUUCUAUCUCAACAAAAUGUACUUGCUUGGACCUUGAUAACAUGUGCAGCAUUAGCAUCAAAACAUGUCCUUCCGGUGUACAGCAGGGAUCCAAAUCUAUGACAAUUAUGUCAAUCUGACCCUAUAAAGCCAUCAACUCUUGAGGGAUUAGGGUGUCUAAUGAAUUAUUAUUUUGAUGCAAUGUCAUCGUCCACAUGCAGAAGUCUAAACUGUGCAAAGUAGAGGUCAGGAGGAAGUCAUUGUGUCAAAGUAAUCCAUUCUGUUACCAACAUGGGAUUCUAUUCAAGGUUGUUGUGAAGGGGGAGAAAUCAUGAGCUGAGCAUCCAACCCUGGAUACUAGCCUCCUCCACUGUAUAAAUGCCCAAACACACUGCCCAUCAGGACACAACUUUCUGCUGAACCCGUUGAGUCCUUCAGGCUCUCUUUCAGGAUGUUAGGUCUUCAUGUAGGUACCUUGAUCUCCCUGUUCCUGUGCAUUCUCCUGGAACCCAUUGAGGGGUCUCUCAUGCAGCCCUGUCAGCCCAUCAACCAGACUGUGUCUCUGGAGAAGGAAGGCUGCCCAACGUGCUUAGUCAUUCAAACCCCUAUCUGCAGUGGCCACUGCGUCACCAAGGAGCCGGUUUUCAAGAGCCCAUUUUCCACCGUGUACCAGCAUGUGUGCACCUACCGGGACGUCCGCUAUGAAACGAUCCGCCUACCUGACUGUCCCCCUUGGGUGGACCCUCAUGUCACCUACCCUGUGGCUCUGAGCUGUGACUGCAGCCUCUGUAACAUGGACACUUCUGACUGUACCAUCGAGAGCCUGCAGCCAGACUUCUGCAUUACCCAAAGAGUACUAACGGAUGGUGACAUGUGGUGACAUGUCAGCCAACAUGCCUGCCUAUGUAAUGACAUGUUAUAUUACACCCGCCCAUGCUAUGACAUGUAGGCCCAAUGUAUGGGGAACUAACUGAACUAAAAUUUCAUAGGUACUACAGACAUGGGCUUGUAGGUUGUAUGUGAAUGUACUUGUACUCAUAUUGGGAUCUGAAUAAACUGGCUCUAACUCUGA